CUCCUCUUCUCUUCACCACCUCCUCUUCUUCUUCAUAUUCUUUGCUCUUUGUUAUCCUGACUGCUGCGGACACUGCAGCUACUCCCACUCAAUCCUCUACCCCCGCCACCAUCGACAACCCCGCCAACAGGGCGAUGACCGUCACGCCCGUCCCAAAGUCGGCAAAACCCCCAGGCGAGCUCCUGACCGCCGAGGAGAAGAAGGCAAACCACAUCGCCUCCGAGCAGAAGCGGCGGCAGGCUAUCCGUGAAGGCUUCAACCGGCUCACUGAGGUUGUUCCAGGACUUACCAAGAGCCAGGGCCGGAGCGAGACCAUCGUCUUGCAAAAGACUCUGGCGUAUCUCAAAGAUCAGCUCUCGGAAAACCAGAGCCUGGUCCAGCAAAUAACAGACCUCGGAGGCACCUUCCCUCCCUCGCUCAAGGUCGUCGUCAACAACGACUACGUGCCUCCCGACUACGACGACGACGACGACGAAGACGAGAACCCCUCGAGCUGAUAAGCGGAGCGCAUGAUGAUCUCCUGCGCGCGCUGUGGAUUAUAAGAUAUGGGCUGAGAGUCUGGCGCUUGGUGUUCCGGUUUGUUUGUAACUACUGUACGAUUACUGGUUUUGUCUUAUGUAUGU